AUGAACUCCGAAGACAUCGAAAAGAUCAGCGGCUCCCUGUCCCUUCACAGCGUGAGCCAGCCCGAGAUCGACAAUGACUCUACGAACGAAAUCCUCGCGAACGCGGCGGAUUCCAAACCGCAAAGCAGAUAUAAGAAAUGGGCCACAAGUAUCAAGAACAUGGAGGGCCGCGGUAUCGGGCCGGUGCCUUUGGAAGAGCGCCAGCCACUGACCCCGUCCACCUCGCUGCACAUGCUGCUGAUGUGGUUCAGCAUGACGCUGGCAACGAACAAUAUCAUCGUGGGGUCGAUGGGAACGCUCGUCUUAGGCCUUCGAUUCAAGGACGCUGCUCUCUGCGCGGUUUUUGGAAAUCUGGUGGGCGCUGCCACCGUGGGGUACAUGAGUACUUGGGGUCCUAUUAGUGGGAACCGCACACUGAUCGUCGCCCGGUUCUUCAUGGGCUACUAUCCCAGCAUGGUCUGCUGCAUCCUGAACCUUUUGACCAAUGUGGGAUACAGCAUGGUCAACAGCGUUGUCGGAGGCCAGAUCCUCUCCAAGGUCUCCGGUGGUCAGAUCUCCGUCUUGGUGGGUAUUGUCAUCGUCGCUGGGACUAGCUGGGUUAUGGCCAUGUUUGGCAUGCGCAUCUUCCAAGUCUAUGAACGGUUCGCAUGGCUGCCCCAAUUGAUGGUGCUCUGCGUCAUGCUGGGAUCUGCCGGUCCGCACUUCGACUUUAACAUCCAAGCCGAGGCCUCUCCGUCGCGACUGAUGGCCAAGCGCCUCACCUUCUUCUCCCUGUGUCUGUCAGUUGCCCUCGCCUGGGCCCCGUUGGCAGCCGACUACUACGUGUAUUACCCGCCGCAUGUCAAGCGCUGGCGGACAUUCACCGUCACUGUGCUGGGAGCGUGGCAGGCGAUGGUCGUCACGCUCGUCCUCGGAAUCGGACUCGGCACCGUGGUGGCCAGCUCGCCGCAGUAUGCCAGCAAGUACGGCACCACACCGGGCGGGCUGCUCAUGACGGCAUACGACUCGCUCGGCGGAUUUGGCAAAUUCUGCGCGGUGAUCAACGUCCUCGCCGUGGUGGCCAACAACGCGCCUGGGGCGUACUCGAUGGGCAUGAACUUCCAGAUGCUCGGCCGGUGCUGGCAGAAGAUCCCGCGCCCGAUCUUCACCACGCUCAGCACAGUGAUCUAUACCGGCUGCGCGAUGGGCGGCCGAAAUGCGCUGUACGAGGUCUUUAAGGGUUUCCUGCCCCUGAUCGGGUACUGGGUGAUUAUCUGGUUCACCAUCGUCAUCGAGGAGGACCUGCUCUUCCGCCGCAAGAGAGGAUAUGACUGGUCGGCCUGGGACCAGCGCGAGAAGCUGCCCAUCGGCAUUGCAGCGGGGAUUUCAUUCCUGGUGGGCUGGGUGGGAGCGAUUGUCGGCAUGAGUCAAUCGUACUGCACCGGCCCCAUCGCGCAGCUCUCGAAUGAUGCCGAUCUGGGCCUGUGGCUGGGAGCUGGCUUCACCGCAGUGACAUUCCCCGCACUGCGAGCACUGGAGUUGUGGUGGAUCGGUCGUUGA